AUGGCAGCGCCCAGUAGAAAGCAGAUGUUGAGGCUCCUCUGUCAGUUUGGGGCAUUUAUUUUGACCCGGUUCGGAUUUUGGAACUGCUUUAGUAUGUUGAUGCUUUUUGCUGAACGUGCAGAUGCGAAAAGGAAACCAGACAUUCAGAUACCUUAUUUGUAUGUGGACAUGGGGGCAGCGGUGUUGUGUGCCAGCUUUAUGUCUUUUGGGGUGAAGAGGAGGUGGUUUGCCUUGGGAGCUGCCUUGCAACUGGCCGUCAGCACCUACGCCACAUAUAUUGGUGAACAGGUGCACUACGGUGACUGGCUUAAGGUACGGAUGUAUUCCAGAGCGCUGGCCAUCAUUGGAGGCUUUCUGGUUCUAGCCAGUGGGGCAGGUGAGACGUAUAGACAGAAACCACGCACCAGAUCGCUGCAGUCCACUGGACAGGUUUUCCUGGGGGUCUACCUGAUCUGCAUGGUAUACUCCCUCCAGCACAGCAAGGAGGAUAGGCUGGCCUAUCUGAACCACAUCCCUGGGGGAGAGCUCACUCUGAUGCUGCUGGUGGUGCUGUUCGGGGUGCUGGCUCUGGCCUUCCUCUCUGGGUGCUACAUCCGCCUGGCCGCCCAGAUCCUGGCCACAGUGCUGCCCCUGGUCAUUCUUUUCAUUGACGGCAACGUGGGCUAUUGGCACAACACACGCAGGGUGGAGUUCUGGAACCAGAUGAAACUGAUAGGACAAAAUGUGGGUAUCUUCGGCGCUCUGCUCAUCUUGGCUACUGACAGUUGAAACGAUCCAGCUCAGACUAUUGUAACAGACUGAUGUGUCGCCGUGGGAGGAGAAUGUGGGCCAUAACGCCAAGGCACAGCUAUUAACUCAAACUACUGUCAGUGGCCUCUCAGGACUCUCAUACACUCCAAGCUGAGACAUUUGGAAUCUCGCACAAUUUAAGCCAUGUCCGUUGUCAUUGUCUACCUGCAGUCAGAUUUGCUUUUGCAAGAUAAAGACGCAAAAACGUUGUUUCUUUUUGCAGAUUUUAAUUGUCAUGUUUACAUUGUGUCUGUUAAUUUUAUGCGCUGAAACCUGAUAUAUAUGACAUUUGUAUGUAAUCUACAGGAAAAAUACAUUUUCUUCGAGAAGGUUAUGGUAUUAUCACACGGUUUCUGGAUGUUU